AUGAAUCUUGAGCAUUCAGCCCAGACUCGGGCCAGGCAGGAGGCGUGGACAGUGAAAAAUGCAGAUGAUGCUGGACGCUGCUGGGCCCUCUGUUGGAAUAAAUCAGAAGCAGCUGGAUCUAUGCUCAGCAGACGCGGGGCGGGGCGGCCCUGGUUAGCUCAGGAGCGCGGAGCCAGUAGUGGAGCUGGCACGAGAGGCGUGGGCGGCUGCAGGAGCGGGGACUGCAGUGCCGGCCCCCUGGGUCCCCGAGGCUGCGGACCGCGCCACCCGCAUCCUAGUCGGGCCGGGCCGGACCUCGGUGAUCCCGCGGCAACUGGAACCUCCAGCGUCUGGUGGGUGACGUCCCCGGGUCGGGAGAGAAGUUUGGAGCGGGCUGGAGCGCCCCGCGCGGAGAGGGAGACCCGGAGAGAGACUUCCCUGCGCAGAGCAGCGCGGAGGCCCGGGAGGCCCUGCGUUUGGGGGAGUCACCCCGGCGCCCUCGGCACUUCACAUCCCUGGGGCCAACCGCGCUGCCUCCCCGGAGCCGGUGAGCGCCCGGCCGAAGAAUACUCAGUCUGGACUCACGGCGCUGGCCUGGACCCCGCCGGCUCGUCUGUGUGGGGUUCCCGGGGCCACCGCGCCACCUGCCCCUCGCCGGUCGCCACCGCUGCCGAGGGGAAAACCGGACAGGAGCAAAUAGAAGGAGAAAAGAACUCCAAGGUAGAGUUCAGAUGCUGUGGUUUUGGAAGCUCAAACCAACAGACAGCAUCAGUGCCUUUUCAUCCUUGGACCCUACAAAUGCCAUCGAAGGACAUAAACAACAAGGAUGUUAAGUUUGCCAAAAUCCUGCAUGCAGUGGGAGAAUUUGGCAAAUUCCAGUGGAGGCUGGUAGCCCUCACCUUCAUCCCCAGCAUCUUGUUGGCCUUCCUGUAUGCUGAGCACUUCCUGUUCACAGACCAGGAGCACUAUUGCAACGCCAGCUGGAUUCUGGCAGUGGGCCCCACACUCUCAGAGUCUGAGCAGCUAAAUCUGACCCUUCCACGAGCACCCAAUGGCAGUUUCCAGAUGUGCCUUAUGUACUUGCCUGUGCCCUGGGACUUGGGUUCUAUCAUCCAGUUUGGCCUCAACCACACCACUACAUGCCAAGAUGGGUGGAUCUAUCCUAACUCCAAAACUUGAUCAUUGAUCAAUGAGUUUGACCUGGUGUGUGGCAAGGAGCCAAGAGAGGAAAGCUUCCAGUCCAUAUCCAUGGCUGGCUUCCUGACAGGGUCUCUCAUCUUUGGGUUUGACACGCUGGGCCAUUACCCUGCUAUCCUGAUCUCGCUUCUGGGGCUGACAAUCUUCAACUUUGGGACAGCCUUUGUGAGCAGUCUUCACCAGUAUUUUUUCUCCCGUUUCCUUGUCUCCCAGGCAGUGAUUGGUUACAGAAUCAGCAGUGUGUGUUUAGCCACUGAAUGGCUAGUGGGCAACCACCGGGCCCAUGCCAUCUUCCUGGAACACUGCUUUGUCUCUGUGGGUGUCCUGUUCCUGAUGGGACUCAGCUACAGCCUUCCCCACUGGUGGCUGCUGUUCCUGGUGGGUGGGCCACCUGUGCUCCUGUUCAUCUUUUACAUCUGGAUUCUUCCAGAGUCCCCACGGUGGCUGAUGAUGAAAAGGAAGGUGGAAGAAGCCAAACAGGUGCUGUGCUAUGCAGCCAGUGUGAACAAGAGGAUCAUUCCUUGCACCCUGUUAAAUGAGCUGCAGCUGCCUGGAAAGAUGGUGACUGAGGCAACUGCCCUGGAUUUUUAUUAUAAUAGGCACCUCCGCAAAGUGAUCUUGGUAGUGGGCUGUAUAUGGUUUACUGUCAGUUAUACCUAUUUUACACUGACCCUUAAGAUGAGAGACUUUGGAAUGAACGUUCACUUCAGGCAGGCCAUGUCUGGCAUCAUGAAGGUACCUGUUCAGCUGUGCUGCAUCGUAAUCUUUGAGCACAAAGGGAGAAAGUGGGCCCUGAUUGCGACUCUCAUCCAAACCAUCAUCAUCUGCUGUCUCCUUUUGAUUUUCCAAGAUACAGAGCUGAAAUCCACCGUAAUGUUGAUAUUCAUGCUUGGAGAGUCCAGCGUGGCUGCCACUAUCACUGUCCUGUUCAUCUAUACUGCUGAGCUCCUCCCUACUGUCCUCAGGGCUACAGGGCUGGCACUGGUGAUUCUGGCCUCAUCAGGUGGAGUCAUGUCAUCCGAGACAAUCAUCCACCAGAUCUUGUCCCUCCACCCCGUCAUUCUCUGCUGCAUCUUAUCCUGUAUGGCUUUGUAUUCCUCCUUCUUGCUGCCAGAAACAAAAGAUCAGCCCCUCUCAGAUAGUCUGGAGCACUUCUCAAAGGCUAGAAACCAAGCAAAUGUGAAGCAAGGUUUCUCCCUAUUACCAUUUUACAGCCUCCAGAGAGAGGUGGCCCAGAACUUUGAAGAUACUUUCAAGAAGAGGAACAGUGAUACCAUGGAGAUGAUGAUGGCUGAGGAUUCAGCAUCUGAUGAUGUGUCUGAGGAAGCAGCAAAGAACACAAUUCUCAAUGCCCAGAUUCUGAGAUUGGAUGAAGACAUUUCCUCUAACACAGCUGUGGAGGAAUCUGCACCUGAGGAAGCCCAUGGUCAGACUCCCUGAGGGCCAGGGAGAGCCCAGACCAGCUUGGGUUGGAGUUGAGUGGGUGAAUACAUUUAUAAAUUCCAGGCCCAGUCCAGGAGGGGGCUAGGGUCAGUCCUGCUCUGAAGCAAGCC